AUUCCCCUGCAUCUGUUCCCCAUUAGCAGAGCCGAGAGUAUAAAGCAGGGAGCUGACAGGGGCUGGGAACACUCGAGUUUCUGCCUGGAUCAUGGGGUUUACUAUCUGGCUGUGCGUGCUCUGCCUGCAGGCGAGCCUGCUGUCACACGCCCUCGACUGCUCAGGAGCUGCACAGGGAGAGCUGUGUGUCAGCGGACAGACCGCAGACGGACAGUAUGAUGAUCAGAAGCAGCAGAGGGCGCUACCCUUAACUGAAGAAUUGGUUAUGUUCAGACGUAAGAGACAGUUGGAGCGGAGGGGUCCCACCCAGCAGAACCACUCCAGCGUGCCUGGGGCCGUCUCCGUCAAAGGCUUCCCUAACACUCUCAUCCAGACUGAUAGGUCCAGGCGGCACUUGGUUCAAGCUGCGAGCAAGAAAAAGAACAAGCGUAAAUCCCGCGUCGGCUCCUUCUCCCUCCUUAGCAACGACAAGAAAGCCACCCCCCUACAGGUGACUAGAGCAAGAAGGCAGUUGAAGAACGAGCCACCCAGGAAGGGGAAUUCAAAUCGUUCUGGGGCUUUCUCUGUCCUGGGAGAUCCACAGAAUGAUGGACAGAACAACAGACCCGAAAGAAGCAUAUAGAAGACAAGUGCUGCAGAAUAAAAUGUCGAGGGGUAUGCACAGUGCGAUUGUGUUCGAAUCUUCCCCAAGGACACAUAAACACAAACUGAAGAUUUGUGUGAAAAUCUCAAAAUUUGAAAGAAGAACUUCUGUUUUAUUUGAUUUGAGUCAUUUUAAUGUGUGUCCACCACUUACUUACUGUUUCAACUGUAAGAUCACUUACUUUCAAGGGAUACUUUAGAUUUUUUUAAGUGGGGUUGUAUGGGGGACUUAUCUAUAGUCAGUGUAUUUCACUCAGGAGAUGUAAGUCAGCACACCCCCAGUUUGGAGAAGGAGGCUUGUGUCCAACACAGAAGCUAAGUAAUGUACGAAUGUGGAUGGGGUCAGCAAAAAAUAGUAUUUUAGCCACCUUUAAAAAAGUCUACCCUAAAAAAUAAUUUAAUAUGAGUUUAAGUGUACGCUUUAUUUGGAGUUUUUUCACUGCUCAACCUUAUUGUCAGGCACUAAUUUUUAACUAGAAAAUGAAGCCAUGUUAUCACUGUCUUCAAAGCCAGACUUGAAGAAAAAAAAAAAAGAAAACUGUGAUCUCACAUUACUGCACUGCACUGAUCUACCACUGCCUCAAACUGUUCUUUUUUGUCUUAUUAUGUGAUUUUGGCAUUUAAAAGAGUUUAACCAAAAUGACACAAUAACACAAACUAAUAAGUGAUUGAAGCAGCGGUAAAGCAGCAGCUCUCGUGGUCAGUCAACUAAAAUUACUGCUUCUGUAUCAGACUCCAGCCUGCUUCUCCAAACUGGGGGCAUGCUGAAUUACAUCCCCUUCAAGAAAUGCACUGACUAUGAGCAAGCACUCCAUACAACCCCACCCCAAAAUCAUCCAAAUUAUCCCUUUAGUCAUCACGUAUGGAUACUUUAUAUAUACUAUUUUAAGUUUUUAAUAUAUUCCUGCAUGUUAUAAAAUCACCAAAGAUCCCAUAUUAAUGUUAUAGUUUGCCAUUUUGUUUUAACCUAUUUAAUCACAGAUUCCUUAUAAAGAUUGGGGGGUAUAUUUUUGCAGAAAUAUUUCUUGUGUUGUUGUAUCAGAUUUCAAUAAAAGUUUAGUAGAGACA